UUGUGAUUACAUAAAUCUCUUUUUGUGUGUGACAUUGACAUACUAGCUCUUCACUCACAAUCUCACAUACGAGACUCAAACACAAGAUUCAACAUUCAACAAUAAGCAUAACCCUCCCCAGUCCCCACGCACACAGAGCUUGUAUUCAAAGAGAAGAACUUCAACGGCAAAACUUCUAAUGAGAAAGAGUCUCUGCCCUCCUUUGCCAAGUCAGCUCAGCCAACUAAUCUUCUUUAGAACCAAUUGUGUUGAUACACCAAUCGUAUCAAAAUGACAGCGAUGGCUUCAGCCACGGUUGGAGCAUCAAGGGGAGGUCGUGGCAAGAGUAAAGCACCAGGUGGUCUUCCGUUUUUAACCGACAUGUGAUCUGCUAAAGGCCGUCCUUGGUACUCUGCAACCGGAAUAGUGUCUGUGAACAUGGUCGAAUAACCAAACUUUUUGGGCAGACCAAGAUCUGGAUCAUCGUUAAGAGGCUGUGUGUGAGACUCUAAAUCAGACGCUUAGGAAGUUUGGGAUGCUUGGGACUGAGUCCGGACAUGCAGAGCUGGAGCCUUUUCCUGACCAAACACCCCUGAGUACUCAUUGGCUCGAGGUGGGUUGAAUCCAUAGAGAGCAUACCUUCUGAACAUACACCCUGUUCCGACAUAAACUGGACCUUGUAAAACCAUCUAGUGCUCUCACGUUACCUGUUUCAGAACCGAACAAUGUUUUAAGCUAUGGGGCCUUGUGCAUAAGCGUUACAAUCUUGCUGAAUCAACAACUCACCGUCGUAGAAAACAGUAUUGUGAUUUGCAUAUCGAUCUGAUGGGUCGGUUCCUUCAAACCGUUGCGGAAACUGAAAGUAACAGAUCCUGUCACCACCUCGGUCCAUCAUGAAACACAUUCCUUCUUUGAAAGCUUUGGAGUUGUAGAUGUAGUGAUCACAGUCCAGAUUGAGGAUGAACGCGCCAUUGGAAAGUAUGGCUGAAGCUCUGACCAUACCAUUCAUGGCACCGGCUUUCUUGUUGUGGUCAAAACCUGGGCGUGGUCUCCUUUUGAAUGAUCAGGUUUGGGUUCAAACCAUGUGCGUGGCCAAUGCGUACCAUCAGCCAUCCACGUUGCUUUUACCACAUCGCGUACCAUCAGCCAUCCACGUUGCUUUUACCACAUCAACCCCAUCUGGUGGCAAUACGCCACCAUUUUUCUCUCGGACAAAUCCGCUUUUCCUUGAGCUCUUCUCUCAAGUUGAAUUGCUCAGCUCUUUUAUUGAUUUGUUCUGGAAGACCAUUGAUCCUGACCUUGAAUUCGUCAUACUCACGCUUGAUCCAACGCCCUCUUUGACGAAAUCUUGCUUUUUCAGCAAAUCGAUUUGUAAGCUAUGGAAUCGAGUUAUAAAUUCGGAAGCGUGAAUGAUUGAUUGAUUUGUAAGCCUUUUAACACAAGUGCAAAAAAUGUAAUUAUCCUAAUAAUCAAAACUGAGUAAACACCAAACCCAAAGAAAAGAACAAAUCGUAGAAAGAAGACAGCUUUCACAAUAGGGGUUGUCUCGUUCUCCCUCAUUUGCUGCAGAGCUCAGCUAACCUCUAGAGAAGCUGCUGAGUUGGGGCAUAAAUUUUGUUCCUUUGAAUCACAUAUUUAUAACCCAACCAGCCGUUUCAGAAGCCAAGUCUCUUCUUUAACUCUUGUCGAAACUGUGGCUGGAGUCUCUCCUGAUGAAUCGACUUCAAAGGCUUCUCCUUUCUGCUCCAACCACACCUCCUUUGUGCCGUUUCAGGGUUUCUGUUGUGCUCUGAUGCUAUAAAGGUUGGGCUUUUCUAUUUGCCUUUGCUUUUAACCAAUCGCAUUCGUCAAAAAAUUGGAUUUUUGAGUUUGGGUAAUAGAAGCCAAUAUAUAAAGAGCGAAGCUUUAGGUGUUCACUUUGAUUAGGUUUGGUAAUCAGAAACUGAUAUCGCUAUGAUACGGGAUUUAUUUGGAAUUCUGGGUACCAAGAAGGUUCCAUUGUUAAUCCGAAGAUUCUCACUUUGCUCUACGAAGAAAGACCCUGAUCUCGAAUCUGCUCUCUCGCGUAACAAGAGAUGGAUAGUUAACAGUAGGCUCAAGAACAUUAUCUUAAGGUGUCCCAACCAGGUUGCAUCGGUUAAGUUUCUACAGAAGAAGUUUAAGACUCUUGAUCUGCAGGGGAAAGCCUUGAACUGGCUUAAGAAGUACCCUUGUUGUUUCCAGGUUUAUCUCGAGGACGAUGAGUAUUACUGUCGUUUAACUAAACCUAUGAUGGCGCUUGUGGAAGAAGAAGAGCUGGUCAAAGAUGCCCAAGAGCCUGUGCUAGCUGAUAGGCUUGCAAAGCUGCUUAUGAUGAGUGUUAAUCAGCGCCUCAAUGUGGUGAAACUUAACGAGUUUAAGCGGAGCUUUGGAUUCUCUGAUGAUUAUGUUAUUAGGAUACUACCAAAGUACUCGGAUGUGUUUCGGAUAGUGAAUUAUAGUGGCAGGAAGAGUUCAAUGGAGAUAGAGCUUUUGUUGUGGAAGCCUGAGUUGGCUGUUUCUGCAGUGGAAGCAGCAGCAAACAAAUGCGGCUCUGAGCCUAGUUUCUCUUGCUCGUUACCUUCCACAUGGACCAAACCUUGGGAGAGGUUCAUGGAGUUUAAUGCCUCUCCUUACAUAUCUCCGUAUGAGGAUCAUGGGGAUCUUGUCGAGGGUUCAAAGGAGAGUAAGAAGAGAAGUGUUGGUUUGGUGCACGAGUUACUCUCGUUGACGCUGUGGAAGAAGCUGUCAAUCGUAAAGCUGAGUCAUUUCAAGAGGGAAUUUGGGUUGCCGGAGAGGCUAAAUUCUAUGCUUCUGAAACAUCCAGGCAUAUUCUACGUCGCCAACAAGUAUCAGGUUCACACUGUGCUUCUUAGAGAAGGAUACAAUGGCUCGGAAUUGAUUCACAAGGACCCGCUCGUUGUUGUGAAGGAUAAAUUUGGGGAACUGAUGCAGCAGGGCUUGUAUGAGUAUAAUCACAGGAGGUAUUUGGCUAAUCAAGAGAAGAAAAGAGAGAAAGGUAUUGAAUCUUUGAAGUCUGUGGUGAGAAAGAAAGACAGGAUUCACGAUGAAGAUGAUGUCAAUGAACAAGAAAACCAUGGCGAUCGACCAGGUGGUCUGUUUGAUACAGAAGAGAGAAAAAGGUUCUAUCAGAUUCUCUUCAGUGACACCCAAUAAGAGCAUUCUGGUAAAGUUGAAACAUUAUUUGCUGAGAAUUACUACAUCUCAAUAACUCUUGGGAGGGACAGCUUGUUUUUGCACAUGAUCUAAGAACAUAUUUUGAUCUCUUUAACUUACAGAAAAAAACACCAUGUCUCAAAGAUUGCAGACUAUGUCAGUUCUCCAGAGAAAAAUCCACGAUAUGAUUUUGCUUAGUUGUUGUUCCUCAGGGAUGCAAGAUCUAGAUGGAAACUGUAAUUUCUGUCUUGGGGCAGCUGAAAUGCUUUCAUUUAGAUCACAGUUUGGCUGGGAAACAAGAGGUUAGAGAGUUCGUUGAUUCAAUGUUAUAUAUCUAAGAACAGCGUCUUAAAGUGUGUUUAUAGUUGAUACCUCGUGAACGUGCUCCAGAAAUUCAGUGAAGACAUUUGCUCGCACUUGUAUAUUCAGUGAACAAUAUAAUAGUACAUAUAUAGGUGGACAAGUGGUAAAGAGGGUUCAUCUGAUAAAUUUUGCUAGAAGUGAUAACAGGAGAGUUUGGCUUGUAGGUCAAAGAGAUAAAUGGCUGGAUUUGUGUACAAGGAAGAUGGUUUAUAUCAGAUAAUAUCAGCCUGAACUUCAUUGUUUAUGGAACGAAAAGGACAUCUUGGAGACAUAUAUAAUCGUUUCAUUUAUGUCUGCAAUAAGAAGAUUCAUUUCAAGUUUGUUGAUAUUUUUAGCAUUCAUUUCUGUGGGCUUAUUACUGUUCGGAGAACGUUGUGUUUGAUUAUAGUUUGGUAUGGACUCAUUUGACACAAA